AUGAGGCAGCCCAUAAAAGAGAUCAAGAAGCCAAGGAUGCAGCCCACCAAAGAAAACAAACAGAAGAAAGAUGCAGCCCCACAGAGAACAGAUAUAAACUUCCAGAGGAGAAAAAACCAACAGGAGAUGGAAAACGAGGGAUGCCCAUCGGCAGCCCUGGAAUUAAAUGGAACCCAAAAUGCUCACCGACGGCGGGGAGACUGGCCAAAUGGAUGGGAGCAAAGUGCAGAAAGCAAGAAAGCUACUGUAAAGGCACAAAAUGCUCUCCUCCGAAAGUACAGAAUUAUUGAUUUCCUUAUUGGUUUCUGCCAUGGUGGCUUCAUCAUUGGCAUCACCUGCAUGCUUCACAACAGCCCUGUGAAGUGCCAGUGUAGCCGUCUUUUGCUUCUGCUAGUCCUCCUGAAGCCUUUCACCUGCCAUCCAGCUAGCCCGAAUGAGAAGGAAAUAGGAUCUAACAAACUCCUUCUGGUUUCUUUUGAUGGAUUCCAUUGGAAUUAUGACCAGUAUGUCGACACCCCAAACAUGGAUCUCCUGAUGAAGCAGGGAGUGAAGGCUAAGUACAUCACCCCUCCUUUCGUGACCAUGACUUCCCCAUCGCAUUUCACAACUAUCACUGGUCACUGGAUUGAAGAUCAUGGAGUGAUUCACAAUCUGAUGUUUAACCCAGAGACCCUGAGGAAGUUCUCUCAUAAGGCAACCCAAAACAAGACAGAGUGGUGGGACAAUGGGGUAUUGCCAUUAUGGAUCACCGCUCAGAACCAGGGGAAAAAAACAGCCUCAUUCCAUUAUCCUGGUGGUGGUGCCACUUACAAGGGGCAAUCGGUCAACAGAACUCUAGUAGAGUCGUUUGAUCAUCCUGACAGCAAUGAGACUGAGUGGAGAGAAAAUAUUGAUAUGGUUAUGAGCUGGUUUAUCAAAGAGAACUCUGAUUUUGUCACACUUUACUAUGGAGAACCUGAUAAAGUGGAGCACAGAAAGGGCCCUGAAACAGAAGACAGGAAGAUUAUCAUUCAACAGAUUGAUAGAACCAUUGGCUACUUUGUAGAAGCUAUUGAGAAACAUAACCUGAAGAAUAAGCUGAAUGUCAUCAUUACAUCUGAUCAUGGUAUGAUCACAGUAAAGAAGAAACCUGAAGUACAGGAGAUCUUAUUGUCCAACUACACCAAAUUCAGCAUCUUGGUCAAGUUUGACAUAUUGGACUAUGGUGGCUUUGGGAUGAUAACCCCCAAAGUAGGAAAAGAAGAGGAACUAUAUCAGGCACUGAAGAAUGCACAUCCUUAUCUAAAGGUGUAUAAAAAAGAAGAGUUUCCUGAACACUUCCACUAUGCGAAACAUGAACGAGUUUUAUCAAUCCUUGUUUAUGGUGACCCUGGCUAUAGUAUGGAUUCUGGGUUUAUAUUAUACGUUAACAAAGGAGAUCACAGAUUUGACAAUGAGGAUAUGGACAUGAAGACAACAUUCAGAGCUUUUGGUCCCGAUUUCAAAGAGAAUUACUUAGCUGAGCCCUUUGACAGUAUCCACAUUUAUCCACUGAUGUGUAAACUCCUGGGCAUCAAUCCACAGCCCAAUAAUGGAUCUCUAGAAUUUACACAGAAAAUGCUCAUUGAUACUUCACAGCCAGAGCCAAACAUCCUGCUUACUGCAAUAAUUUUAAGUGCCAUAGCAGCAAUGCUUGUGCUAAUAUUCAUCUCAUCAGUGACUUAUACUGCCAUACAAUGA